AUGUUUUUCGCCCAGUGCAUGUUUGUGAGAUCUGUAUGCAGCAUGAAAGCCUUGCCGUCAGAUUUUCCGCCGACAACUACGUUAUCAGUUCACUUCGAGAGCAUUGUCAAGAACAACUUCGAUCCCUUCAGGGAACCCUUGCUGGUCAGAUUUCCUGCCUGCGACAAGCCUCACAGAGCCCUGGAGAACUUUGAAGUGAAAUACGUAGAUGGCUUCACGAAAGGCUUGAUUGGGCAACUGAUCGUGGCCAUCGUGGACCAGCUGGCUACUUGUCAAUCAAUGUUUAAUCUCAAAGUUCGCUGUCAUGUGACACAUGCCUCGCUUGAGCACAUGGGCGGUGGAUGGCAACAGUUCUAG